GUCGAAGGUAGUGAAAAACUUUUCACAGGGGCAACAAGCGGUCUCAGAAAAGAAGGAAAUAUGUUUGAACUUUAUGGAAUGGAUAAAGACGGUAUGGUUUACCGAUCUCCACCACCGAGAAGAAAAGAAGUCGAUAUAUUAGAGGUAACUGGUUAAAUCUCACUAAUUUAUCUUGGUAAAAAACUCUGAUAGUUGGACGUUUUUGUAAAAUAUAAGAAGGAAAUGAAUAUCUUUGUAGACUUGUUUGCAACUAUCGUCUCCAGAAUUAAUGAGAAAAUUGCCUAACGGUGAUGCGAUACACCAUGCAAAGGAAACCAGCGUUUCUACUUGUUUGGAUAAGGAUAAAGAUCCAGCUAAAGAAAGGGGUAUGUCUCGAAUGAACGAUGAAUUAAGAAACAUCUGUAUCGAGGAGGAGGAGGAGAGGAGAGGAGAACGAUGACGUUGAUUUUUCUUCCAUUUUUCUAAUUUCGCACAUUAACAAGUUUACUCGGACGGAGUAUGUUGAGGAAGUGGAUAGUGAUGACGGGUUUCUUUUUCCUUGGAUGUGCCUUGGUCGCCGGUAUAGGAUUACCUUUAGCUUUAGAGUUACGCAGCUCGCAUUUAUUAGAAGCUAGACUUCAAGUUGUACGACGAAUGCUGUCCGAAAUUCCUCUGAUCGAUGGGCACAAUGAUUUUGCUUGGAACCUUCGAAAGCAUCGAGGAAACACAAAGUUGAAAGACUUUCCGUUCGACGAGAAUUUGUCAGAAAAUGCGAGUUGGGGCUCGGAAUGGCAAACCGAUUUGGUACGAUUACAGCAGGGUAUCGUCGGUGGACAAUUUUGGUCGGUUUACGUUCCUUGCGAGGCACAAUUUCUCGACGCGGUGCAGCUUACCCUAGAACAGAUAGACGUGGUGCGUAGACUGGCGUCGAGGUAUCCAAAGAGAAUAAGGCUGGUGAGAAACAGCACGGAGCUGGAAAAAGCGCACAAGGAUGGCGUGAUAGGGAGUUUGGUGGGAAUCGAAGGUGGCCACAGUAUCGGUACGUCGAUGGCGGUGUUGAGAAGUUUCCAUCGGCUCGGGGCACGUUACAUGACUCUGACGUACAAAUGUAAUACUCCGUGGGCAGAUUCGUGCUCCGUAGAAGAUCCGAAUUCCGAUGUGUCGUUAGAUUUUCACAGCAACGGACUGUCGUUGUUCGGCAAAGCGGUGGUUAAAGAACUGAAUCGAUUGGGAAUGCUGGUCGAUUUGUCGCACGUGUCGAUCAGGACGAUGAGGGAUGCCCUGGCAGUAACGAAAGCACCGGUGAUAUUCUCUCACAGCGCGGCUAGAGCGCUUUGCAAUUCGUCCAGCAACGUUCCGGACGAUAUGCUGCGUAACUUGUCGGUGAACGGUGGUCUGGUUAUGGUCAGCUUCGAUAGCGGGCAUUUAAGCUGCGGUGAUAAAGCCUCCAUGUACGAUAUUAUAGCUCAUAUCAAUCAUAUACGGCGAAUAGCUGGUGUUAACCACGUGGGUCUCGGAGCCGGUUACGACGGAAUACUAAGUCCACCGGUAGAGCUUCCGGACGUUUCCAGUUAUCCCCUGCUACUAGCCGAAUUGACGCGAGACCGAAGAUGGUCAGCCUCGGACAUCAAGAAGUUGGUCGGUGGAAAUCUGUUGAGGGUGUUGAAAGAAGUGGAAAAUCACGCGGUUACGGUGUCGCAUCAUUCUCCAGCGGAAGAACUGAUUUCUCAGCAGUUGAUCGAAGACACCGCUUACUGCAGAUAUCACGACGAGUAAAACGCGUUUCGUACCUCUUUCCUACCGUUACGUCUUUGUACCUGGAUUAUUACUCUGUUUUUGCAUUUUUAAUAAAGUAGUCUUACAGAUUCUCUGAA